AUGGAUCCCGGAACAAUUAAAGAAAAACUAAUGAAUCCUAACAUAGCGAAACCUCAAACCUCCCAGUUUGACAUCCACUCCAAAUGGUCGCAAAAUGACAUGUUCUGCCUAAAUGUCACCACCCCACCACCGGGAACAACACUUAUUCCAUAUUAUCGGGUCUACAUUCGUUGGUCGAAAAGCAAAGAAUGUGUUUCCACCAUACCUUUGACAAACUUCACGAUAACUCUAUACAACAAUCCAAGAGCUUCCGGAAAUUUGAAUAAUCCAAAAGUUAAGACUGAAUACACACAAGAAGUUGCUGUCGAUGUGCUAGAUUGGUUUUAUGUCUGGAAUGUGCCUUUAAUUCCUCAAGGCACCGUGAAACAAAUGUCCAUGUUUUAUUUAAGAAUUGAAACUGAGGGUAUGGUAAACAGUGGGAUGUACACCGUGUUUGGAAUGACGGGCCCUUUAACCUUUUCGCCGCGUCCAGACGGAGUGAACAGAACUUUAUUUGCCGAGGUGGAGACGGAAGAAGGCAACAGGAACAAAACGACGACGAUACCUACAAUUAUUGAUCAUGAAAAGUCGACGGCGAAUAGCCUAACUUCGAUCUCGCGUGUUAUUGCGUUGGUUAAUAUGAUAACUUUGUGGAUUUUUGGAAGGACAAUUUAUUCUUUAUUGGUCAACUAG